ACCUGACAGACUGUUAUAACAAUGAUUCUCCUAAGAGCUUUAAUUCUCAUAAUGAUUCUCCUAAUAGAUGUAAAAGAAAUCUUAGCUUUAAAAAAGUGGGGAAAAUGUGAUUUUUGUCGGUUUCUUCUGAAACCGUUUCUGUCCUGAUUUCUUUGGUUCUUUGGUUUGAGUUUCCUUUCAAAACCUUGGCCUCCUUGUUUUCCCAGACCCAUUGUUCAUUUACUGGCCUCUCUACUGCCAAGAAUAACCAUUUGCAAACACAUGGAGAACAUGUGAAACACCACACAGACAGCAACUGGAGCUCAGGAUCAAACUAGGAACCCUGUGACUGUACCCCUCAUAUAAAGCACUUCACUCUAUUGAUUUUCUUAAUGUGUGUAUGUGUGUGCGUGUGUGUGUGCUUGCAUAUCUUACAUGCCUCACUAAAGGAAAUCGUUCUUGCAGUGCAAGUUUUCACCGGAAACCCACAGUUUAUGAUGCAAGCUCACAUAUGAACUGGUUACUAAAACAGACAUUACAGUUUACAGCAUUAUGCCUCAAGCUCAGCAGUGUUCCUCCAACAAUUUCAGGCUAACAUGUACCCACGUGUUAUUUUAAAAGGAGUCUUAUACAAGAAAUCUCAGCAAAAACGAAGAACAUCCCCUUGCAAUUAUAAGGAAAGAUAUUUUGUGCUAAACACUGAGGAUCUGACCUACUCUGAACGUCGGCCUGGGAAAAAGCCAAUUCAGAAGGGCUGCAUCGAGCUUUCCCGUAUUAAGUGUGUAGAGACUGUACGCAGUGACCUUCCCAUUCCCUGUGAAUACAAAUAUCCUUUCCAGGUUGUCUAUGAUAACUACUACCUUUAUGUGUUUGCACCAGACAACGACUGCAGACUAAAGUGGGUCAGAGCUCUUAAAGAGGAGACAAAAGGCAACAACCUAGCUUUGAACUACCAUCCUGAUUUUUGGGGAGAGGGAAGAUGGCGGUGUUGUAACAGGACAGAGAAGUUGGCACCCGGGUGUAGUGACUAUUACCCUAGUGGAUGCGCAUCCAAAAAACCUUUGCCUCCAACACCAGACCCAGAGCGGCGGUUCUCUAGCCCAGAAACACGAAUUGUUGUGGCUCUGAAGAACUUUAUCCCUCAAGAGGACACAGACAUCCCACUGCACAAAGAUGAGGAGUACAUUGUAGUAGACUGUUCUGAGACCAACUGGUGGACUGUCAGAGAUAAAGAUGGAAAUGUUGGAACUGUGCCUUGCAUUUAUAUUAAAGAGAAACCUUCAAACAACAUUGAACACUUUAAGUGGUAUAACAAAGAUGUAACCCGGACCGAAGCUGAAGAAUUAUUAAUUGCAGUGGAUAAGGAGGGUGCUUUCAUGGUGCGUGACUCCCGGCAUGCAGGAGUUUACACAGUGUCUGUAUUUACGAAAGCUCCUGGGUCAAAUGGGGAAAAAUAUCCAAGGGUCAAGCAUUAUAAGAUCAGAGAGACAGAAGAUGAAGAGCCCAAGUAUUACUUGGCUGAAAAAUAUUUAUUCAGCACCAUCCCAGAGCUUAUUUAUUAUCAUCAACACAAUGCAGCAGGUUUAAUAACACGACUGAGGCACUGUGUCUCCCAAGGCCAAGGAAAUUCUCCUAGGAUUGAGGAGCUUGCAUCAGAGGAGUGGGAGUUGGACAUGGAGGACCUGAUUCUCGGGGGGGAGCUGGGCAGUGGUCAGUUUGGUCGGGUGUUCGAGGGCUUGUGGCAUGGUGAGAAGGUGGCUGUCAAGACAAUCCGUGAAGAGGCCAUGUCUGAAGAGGAGUUUAAAGAGGAGGCAAAGGUUAUGAUGAAAGUGUCCCAUCCCAAGCUGGUGAGGUUGUACGGUAUGUGCACACAGCAAUCCCCCAUGUACCUGGUGUUUGAGUUUCUGGAGAAUGGCUGCCUGACAGAAUUCCUGCGCUCCAGAAAAGGUUGUGUUUCACAGGAGACACAGCUGGGCAUGUGUGUAGAUGUGAGCGAAGCAAUGGCUUACCUGGAGAGCUCAAAUUUCAUUCACAGAGACCUGGCUGCAAGAAACUGCCUGGUUUCAGGAGACCUUGUGGUGAAAGUCUCAGAUUUUGGAAUGACCAGGUUCGUACUGGAUGACCAAUACACCAGCUACACCAGCAAAUUCCCUGUAAAGUGGUCGUCUCCAGAAGUGAUCCGAUAUAACAAGUUCAGCAGCAAGUCCGAUGUGUGGUCAUUUGGUGUGUUGAUGUGGGAGGUGUACAGUGAAGGCCGACUGCCCUACGACUGCCGAAGUAAUGCAGAAGUAGUGGAAUCCCUAAAUGCAGGACUAAGGUUAUCGAAACCCAGACUCUGUCCAGAACCUGUUUACCAGCUAAUGCAGUGGUGUUGGAAAGAGAAACCUGAAGACCGGCCCUCCUUCCUCCUGCUCUUGCAUGAACUGGCUUCUCUGGCGGACCACUGAUUUAAGGCUAUUGACGUUGCUUAUGAAAAUAUAAUGUACAGUCCAGCAUUUUAUUUAUUUGUAUAUUCUAUUUAUUUAUUUUCAAUUUUUUUUGCAAUUAUCUAUGAUUUUUCUCUACUGCCUAUAUGUGGUGGAAUAACCUGUGGUUACUUCAUGUCUUUUUGUGCAGUCAAAUUUCCUGAUCUCCUUUUCUCCUUUAGGGGGCAUCAUUAAGUAGCCAUCUAUUUCCAAGACCAAUAGCCCCAGCCUUGGGUUCUUAGAACUAUUAAUUAUUUGCAUGUUUAUAUCUGUCUAUAGCAGGGGUCUCAAAAUCAAAUUUCCCUGGGGCAACUUUUGGUACUGUCUUCUCAUAGGUGGGCCACAAGAGCAUUAAAGUACUCCAAGAAAGUGCAAUAUUCUCAAAAUGUACUUUUUUUUAUAUUACCAUUACCAACAUAUUUUAUUAAACAAAUUUAGUAGUAGUAAACAUACCCAUAACAAUACCAUAACAAUAACUUGGCACCAGUUUCAACAUAGAUGUAAUAGUUCACACACACACAUAAAAAUUUCUGUUUUGUUUUAAUUCUUGCCAAUCACCUGACAGCUCUUCUUCUCACACAAUUGAGAUACAUUUGCCCUGAUGGAGGUUGUAGUCGGAACCCUAAGUACAGCUUCAAGAUGGGCAUCAGUAAUCCUGGACCGG